CCAUGUCCUACAACACAAUCACAUACAAAAGGUUGGCCUCUGUAGAUCGAGCACCAACUUUAAGUGGAGGAAACUACAACAGUGUAGUUUCCAACAGAUAUGCUGGCAGUGUCUAUGGCGGUGCUGGUGGAUAUGGCACUAAAAUCUCGAGCAGCUCAGGCUAUGGUGGUGGAUUGGGUAGUAGCCUCAGUAAACUUCAAGUUAGCACCAAUAGUGAUGUUCUACUCAACGGAAAUGAGAAACAGACAAUGCAGAACCUGAAUGACCGUCUUGCUUCCUACCUGGAGAAAGUACGAUCUCUGGAGAGCUCCAAUGCCCAGAUAGAAAUCCAGAUCAAGGAUUGGUACAGCAAGAACUCUGGCAGUGUGGAGCGUAACUAUCAAAACUACUACAAACUAAUUGAAGAACUGAAGGACCAGAUUCUGAAUUCCUCCUUGGACAAUGCAAGAAUACUGUUGCAGAUAGACAAUGCUAAGUUGGCAGCAGAUGACUUCAGACUCAAAUUUGAAACGGAACAGAGCCUGAGGAUGGGUGUGGAACAAGAUAUUAUGGGACUGCGUAAAGUUAUAGAUGAUCUCAGCCUGGCCAAAGCAGACCUUGAGGUGCAGAUUGAGUCCUUGCAAGAGGAGCUGGCUUAUCUCAAGAAGAACCAUGAUGAUGAGGUUGGAGUCCUUCGUCAGCAAGCUGGAGGUAAAGUCAGCGUAGAAAUGGAUGCAGCUCCCUCUCUGGAUCUAGCCAAGGUCUUGGCUGACAUGAGAGUCCAAUGUGAAACAGUAGUAGAAAAGAUAAGGAAAGAUGCCAGGGAACAUCAUGAAAGCCAGAUAGAAGUGAUAAACACAGAUAUAACCAGAAAUACAAGUGAUCUGGAGCAACACAGAAGUGUACUUAUAGAGCUGCAACGCAAUGUACAAGGACUGGAAAUAGAGCUACAAGCAGAACAGAGCAAGAAAAAUGCAUUAAGCGCCACCCUUGAAAAUGUAAAUGCUCAGUACGCUUCUAAGCUGGCCCAGAUACAGGGAUUCAUAAGCAAUAUUGAAGCCCAACUGCAGCAGAUUCGAUUGGACAUGGGGCGUCAGACUCAAGAGUAUGAGGUUCUCCUGAACAUCAAGAUACGCCUGGAAAUAGAGAUAGAGACUUACCGUCGUCUACUGGAGGGGGAAGAGGAAAUGACAUUGGAAUUAGAAGAGAAGCUAAAAGAACAAAACAGAAGCAGGAAGAUAAAGACUAUUGUAGAAGAAAUGAUUGACGGAAAAGUUGUGACCACUGAAGUUAAAGAGAUUGAAGAGAAGCUACCAAGUAUAUUUCAAUAAAAAGGACACAUUUAUGUAAAUGCAAUACUGGAUUAAGGCAUACCUUUAACAAAGCUUUCCAAAUAAAAUGUCUUAAACAAA